CAAGGUCAUAUCUGAUUAUUCUGGAUUUUGUUUUGUUUGAAAAGCCUCCCUUACCCUCAGGGAGGAAAACUUCAAAGAUGGUCAAAGCUUUCAAGAGGCCUGAGAUAAGAGACCAGUGGGCGCUGUGGCUGGCUUACAUGGUAGCUGAGGAGAGGGUCAUCAGUAGUCUCCUCACCUCUGACUCGAGGUUGGAGAAUUUAGCUGUGGGCUGGGGAGAAUGAUGUAGUGACAGCAUCAGCCAGAAUGCCAGAGCCCAAGGUAUCAGAGGAAGUAGAGUGUGAAUGGGGCUGGCUGCCUGCCCAGGCCUGAUGCCCACUGCUUGGCUUGUUUAAGAGGAUGACCAACCGACAGAAGGGAUGAAGCAUCAGAAGGGGCUGGGAACACAGGCAGCAGUGGAGGCUGGCUCUUGGGCUAUCAUCAGAGAAAAUAGCCGAAUAGGGCAAGAUUCCAGAGCUGCUGUCUCUCUGUGACUGGUAGGGGAAUAAAGGAAGAGUGACAUCCAUUCUGGGCACAGCAGACUGGUGUCCAUUGAGUUCUGAAGCUGAAGACUGGCUACUGGGGCCAUGAAAUUCACUGGACUAUGAGGGCCUUCACCAUGGGAGACUUGCCAGAACUGGCAGGGGAUGAGAGGAAACCUUUUCCAAUAGCACAUAAACCUCCACCCCCUCAGCCCCUACUGCCCGGCUAAAUCCAAAGCAGGAGGGGAGCAGUGUGGCAGCAUAGUAGACAGGGAAGGCCCCAGGGGGGUGGUAGCUGUGUUGGUACCACAGUGCCAGAGGACACUGUCACAGCCCAGUGAAUGGUGCCCCCUGGUGGCAUAUAGUGCUUGCAGCCCAGAGGCCUACUGGCAGCCUCUGCUGGCACCAUAGCCAUUUGUUCUUAGCGUUACACAGGCCCCUGGGGCCGUUGCUCCCCAGAGGGAUUGGGGUUGCUACUCUCCCUGAAUGCCAGGCUGGGGCAACCCUGGCCUGGAACUUGUAGGGCCACUUCAGCCUGGCCUCACAACACCCUGGGAACAGGUGUUACCCACACUGCAGGUGAAGAGGCAGGCUCAGGGGGGCUUGUCUCAGGAUGAUGAGGUGACAGUUGCUAGUGACAAAGCUGGGCUCAGAGCCUGGCCCUUUCCACUGCUUCCCACCUCCCACAAGACAGGGGAAGACCCUGACACCCCAACGGAGUUCUUUGAAGGGGGCAAAAGUCCCACCUGCACAUGAUGGUGAACCCCCUCUUUGGUUGGCUGCUGAAGGGUCCUUAGUUUCUGCUAAUGGCCCAUAACAAGAAUUCCUCCUGACGUAUGACAAGGCUACUGUGGAAUGGGAGAACAAAUGGGUCUCUGUGGGCAGAAGAACCAGGUCCCCUCCACACCUCACAGGCUGAGGGUUGUGGGGUGACCCGCCUUUGUAUGGCUGUUUUAUGAGAACAUGGGUGCUACAGGAGCCCCUUCUGCCCCCUGCAUGGGAGUGUCGCACGCAGAUCUGACCUCUCUCUGCUGCCUUGCAGGCCCUUCAUGCUGCUGCCACCGCUGAUGGAGUGGAUGCGCGUGGCCAUCACCUAUGCAGAGCACCGCCGCAGCCUCACUGUGGACAGUGGUGACAUCCGGCAGGCAGCCCGAUUGCUGCUUCCUGGCCUGGACUGCGAGCCCCGACAGCUCAAACCCGAGUGCUGCUUCAGUUCCUUCCGGAGGCUGGAUGCUCGAGCCGCUACUUUAAGAUUCAACCAGGACCUGGGCUUCCGCAUGCUCAACUGUGGAAGGACGGACCUCAUCAGCCAGGCUAUCGAGGCCUUGGGCCCUGAUGGAGUGAACACCAUGGACGACCAGGGUAUGACACCUCUGAUGUACGCCUGUGCUGCUGGGGAUGAAGCCAUGGUCCAGAUGUUGAUUGAUGCUGGGGCAAACUUGGACAUCCAGGUUCCAAGCAACUCUCCCAGACACCCCUCCAUCCACCCUGACAGCAGGCACUGGACCUCACUGACGUUUGCUGUGCUGCAUGGACACAUCUCUGUAGUGCAGUUGCUGCUGGACGCUGGUGCCCAUGUGGAAGGCUCGGCAGUAAACAGUGGCGAGGACAGCUAUGCAGAGACGCCCCUGCAGCUGGCCUCUGCAGCGGGGAACUACGAACUGGUCAGCUUGCUGCUGAGCCGAGGCGCAGACCCCCUCCUCAGCAUGCUCGAAGCCAAUGGCCUGGUCUCCUCCCUCCAUGAGGACAUGAACUGCUUCAGCCACUCUGCCGCCCAUGGCCACAGGAACGUCCUGAGGAAGCUUCUGACUCAGCCGCAGCAGGCCAAAGCAGACGUGCUGUCCCUAGAGGAGAUCCUAGCUGAGGGCGUGGAGGAAAGUGAUGCGUCCAGCCAGGGCAGUGGCAGCGAGGGACCUGUGCGACUCAGCCGGACCCGCACAAAGGCCCUGCAGGAGGCCAUGUACUAUAGCGCCGAGCAUGGCUACGUGGACAUCACCAUGGAGCUGAGAGCCCUGGGUGUCCCCUGGAAACUGCACAUCUGGAUCGAGUCUCUGCGGACCUCGUUCUCCCAGUCGCGGUACUCAGUGGUGCAGAGCCUCCUGCGGGACUUCAGCUCCAUCAAGGAGGAGGAGUACAACGAGGAGCUGGUGACUGAGGGCUUGCAACUCAUGUUUGACAUCCUCAAGACCAGCAAAAAUGACUCUGUCAUCCAGCAGCUGGCCACCAUCUUCACCCACUGCUAUGGCAGCAGCCCCAUCCCCAGCAUCCCGGAGCUCCGUAAGACUCUGCCGGCCAGGCUAGAUCCUCACUUUCUGAACAACAAAGAGAUGUCAGAUGUGACCUUCCUAGUGGAGGGAAAGCUGUUUUAUGCACACAAAGUCCUGCUGGUGACAGCUUCUAACAGGUUCAAGACACUAAUGACCAAUAAAUCAGAACAAGACGGGGACAGCAGCAAAACCAUUGAGAUCAGCGACAUGAAGUACCACAUUUUUCAGAUGAUGAUGCAGUAUCUGUACUAUGGAGGAACAGAAUCCAUGGAAAUCCCCACGGCUGACAUUCUGGAGCUGCUCUCAGCUGCCAGCCUGUUCCAACUGGAUGCCCUGCAGAGGCACUGUGAGAUCCUGUGCUCCCAGACGCUCAGCGUGGAGAGUGCUGUGAACACCUACAAAUACGCCAAGAUCCACAACGCCCCCGAACUGGCCCUCUUCUGUGAGGGCUUCUUCCUCAAGCACAUGAAGGCCCUCCUGGAACAGGACGCCUUCCGGCAGCUCAUCUAUGGCCGCAGCAGCAAAGUGCAAGGUCUAGACCCACUGCAGGAUCUGCAGAGCACCCUGGCCGAGCGUGUGCACUCUGUCUACGUGACCUCUCGGGUGUGAGGCAGGUUGUGGGACAGGCUGCAGGCCCUCUUGGAGCCUGGCUCAUGGGCUAUUUCCCCACCACCUUUUCUGGAGGUAAUCUACCCUUGGAUAGGCAGAUGUGCCCUGCGUCUAGCUGUCUGCCUAACAAGUGACCGGCAAGGAGGGUGGCGUGCACCUAAAGGUAGCCCUUUUCUGCAUCCUCACAGUUUGCACCUUGAGGACCAUCCCUGAGGCUCAGCAGCAGGUCCUUAACGACCUCGCCUCUAAGCUCUCUGCACCCCAGCUGGGGCACUUGGGACUAUGGGCAUCCCUAGGAACACACAGAAUGUAUCCUCUCUGCCCCAGGCCACUGAGAGCAAAAGCUUGCCUUUGUUCUCUUAUAUGUCACAGAUCCUGGCCCUGUCCUCCAGGCUGUGCCUUUAAAAGGCCUGGCAUGGGCCACUAUUAUAGAGGCUGGGCCUACAGUCCCUUCAGGAUUGCUAACUUUAGUCCCAGCUCAAGGAUUCUGAGCCCAGGGUGUAAAAGGGGUACAGUGUAGAGCACAGUGGCUUCAAGCUCUUGCUGCUGCAGCGAGGGGCCAAAAUAAAGGGGUGGAACCUCAGGCCUGGCUCUAGGCUGCCUCUGUGGACUCGGGCAGCAGUGCCUACACGUUCCCCUGGUGGAGCCUCUCAAGUGAAAGUUUCCUUUAACUCAGGACUGGAGAGCAGGGCACACUUCUCACUGGGAACUGCAGCCUUAGGCAUAAAGAACAUGGCACUGGUGGGAGGGAGGGGCUGGGAAAAGCCCCUCACCAUGUCCCCUCCCUUGCCUGCCCUCACGGUCUUGGCUCCCCACACCUGACCUGUUGACGGACCAGACACUGGGACAGCUUGCUCUGAGUGUAGUGUGGCUGCACCUUAGAAACUAUUUAUUCACCAAAAGCCCUAGGAAUUUUAGGAGGUGUCACUUAAGUCACCUUGAAAAACCCCCAGGGGCUUGCAAUUCUGGAAAAUAUUUUCAACUAGCUUCUUGAGCUGGAUGUACAAAGAAUAGGUGUUAUUUUAUUGCUGUAAUAUUGUAUGAUACUGUAACUGUACAUUAAUGUUGUCACUUCAUGUAAAUGUACUAUGGUUUUAUUAACAAUAAAAAUACAUUAACAAUGAUGUUGGCCUCACUACUUCUGGUAGAAGGUUACUUGGAGUUCAGAGCUGGGGAGGUGCCCCACAGGACCAGAAAGGAAACCCAGAGCCGAUUCCAUGCCACUCAGUAGGAAAAAACCCCCUACCAGAGCGUACUGUGCCAUGCCACACUCACCUCUGCCCUGGGACCUCAACCUGGCGCUAUCCCUCACUGGGCUGUUUUCCUCACCUGUGAAAUGAGAUACAUCAUUAUUUAUUAUGUAUGUGCCACUCGACUGGACAGAAGCCAGACUGGGGAAAGAGGACAGUGUCUAGGGCUUUCCUAACCUUUGAUCCCAGGCCUCCCUGGAAGGAUGGGAUGGGGAGCUGCUUACAUAUUUUGCAUUCUCAUGCCAACCUCACACAUUGAGGACUGGCAGGGAGGGGCCUCUCUCCCCAGCCCUGGCCUGAUUGAGACAGAGGCACCUGCCUUUGGGCCUGCAGCUUGCUGAGCCCUGGCUGACUGAACCACCAAGGGGACCCUGAAACAGAUAACGGGUUAUGCUGAGUCAAGUGCGAAGUCUGGGCACAAAGAACAAUUCUUAAGGUCACUGGGAACCUAACCCAAAGUGGCUGUGAUUCAGGAACACGCUGCCUGAACACAAACUUGGGGGAUGACAAAGGUCACUAGGAGCCAGUCCUGGGAAAGGCCCUGGUGGAGACCAAGCAGAGUGGACCCAGGGACCUUGCAGAGUGAGAGAGCCCUACGGUGUGUGGCCCACAGCGCCCUCUGGGGGCUGCAGGGAGGAGAUGAGCUGCUCAGCACCACCUUAUAUGGCAGAUACUAUGAAGGUUGCAGAGGUGGUCCCUCCUCAUUGCUUGAGCCCCUUCAGGGGUCUGGAUCCCUUGAAGGGAUCCAGUAUGGAUCUCCCCAGUAGGCAGAGAAAUUAAAGAAAGGGACA